AUGAUGACUCGUUCCUUGCAAUCCCACAAUCAUGAGUAUUCAAAAAUGUACAAAGUCGGUGGUGAAAAAGGGAAAAAGCGGCAUAAAGAGUGCAAAGAUUGCAACAAUUGCAAGGAUUGCACAGCGGAAAAAAUUGAGGAGACUGGUGUCAAACAGAUCGCGGUCGUUGUUGAAGAGGAUGACGAGGAAAGAAAAAGGCUUGAGCGCAAAAAACGCACCCAAGAAGAUAUGGUGAACGAUUUUGUGAAAAUCCUCGAGCAAAUGAUGAAACCAAGACAAGCCGUGUUGUCAUUAGUGUCAGGCGCGGCGGGGAUCGCCUCGGUCGGUGUGUCGCUCAUUCACUGGAAUGAUCUACCACCAGAAGCUGAACUCGGCCGCCAACUAAUGCAUAUUCUUUUUGCAUACGGGGUUCUACAAAUCGUUCUUGCAACGGCUUUCUUUGUCACGUGUAUGCAAACUUCAAUAGCUGUGAGCAAGGGUGUAAAAGAUGCCGUUCAAAUAGUCAUCGGUUUGAUAGUGGCUCUUGUCUAUCUUCUAGUCGCACUCGUCUCAUUGGCGGUCGGGGUUGUUGGUUUCUACAAAACGAUCUCAAUGCUUAGCGGUGUUGUCUACGAUUCGCCGCACGAUCUUUUCUUUUGCCCGAAACCCCUUUUCUAUACUUCGAUUUUCGUUUUCGUUCUUCACAUCAUCAUGAUUGUGUUCAAAUGUUGUUGUUGUAAA